GGAGCAGGGGUCGAAAAAUAUAGAAGGCAUCCGACUGGAAUAUCAGAUUGGGUUGGAGUGCUGCUGUUUUACACCUAGCCAGUUUAGGAAGCUAUCAAAGUUGAGAUAUCUCCAACUAGACUGCACUAAUCUUGAUGGCGAUUUUGAGAAUCUUCUACCAGCCCUGAGAUGGCUUCGGUGGAAAAUACCUUCACUCAACUGCACAGCGACAAAUUUGAAUGUAAAGGGCCUACUCAUCCUUGAUUUGUCAAAUAGCAAGGUCACGCAUAAUUGGAAUGCUUGGAACUCAAUUCAGAUGAUGACGAUGAAGCUGAAAGUUCUUGACCUCAGCUACUGUACAGAACUCACUCGAACUCCUGAUUUGUCUCCAUUUUGCAACCUGGAGAGGUUAAAUCUAAGGAAUUGCAAAAGACUACACGUGAUUGACCCUUCCAUAUGUAGGCUUAAGCAUCUUGCUUCCCUCAAUAUGACAAAUUGUCGUUUCGUUAAGGAGCUUCCAGAGCAAUUGGACAGCAAGGAAACUUUGCUUGAACUUGUCAUUGAUGGAACUGGCAUAAAAAAGUUGCCUAGCUUGGAAGGUUUGAUGAAACUCAAAAUCCUAAGUGCCAACAACUGUGCUUGUCUGACUCAGAUUCCGAGUUCUAUUGGCCAUUUAACAUCUCUCGCAGAUCUCAGCCUUGAUCAAUCAAAAAUCAGUGAGCUUCCAGAGUCGAUUGGAUCAUUAGUGACAUUGCGACGGCUAACGUUAGCAGGCACUCCUCUGAGAGAGCUUCCGAAGUCUAUUGGGGGUUUGAAUUCAUUGGUCGAGUUGGUUCUAUCCAAGACAAGGGUGGCGAUAUUGCCCGAUUCCAUUGAGAAUCUGAUUAAUCUGCAAGUGCUUAAGAUUGAUCGUAGUUCAGUCCAAUCUAUACCUACUGCUCUUGGACAGUUAGAGAAACUUGAAUCCAUAGACGCUUCAGGGUGUCAAUUAGUUGCACAAAUUCCAAUCGAGCUUGGGAGGCUAUCCCUUUUAAAGGUCCUGCUAUUGCGUCAUACAAAUAUUAGCAGCAUUCCAGUAACAAUUGGGGGCCUUCCUUGUCUUGAGACUCUUGAUUUAGCAUGGUGCACACAGCUUAGAACUCUCCCUGAGCUUCCCAGCAGCUUAAGUAGUGUGUCACUGACCUGUGAGUCAUCGGUGCCAAUACCAAAUCUCCCUUAUUUGAUUAACCUAAAGAAGAUAGAAUUUGUCCGGUCAGUAGUUCCCAAGGAGAUUUUGGAGUUGCCAAAGUUGGAGAAGCUGCAUAUAUCUCGGUCAAAUGUUAGCAUCUUACUGGACGGAAUUGGCGUGUUGGCUAUGCUUAAGGAGCUUUCUAUUGGUAAUGUCAAUCUCCAAUGCCUUCCCGAACUUCCAUUGGGUUUGCAUAAGCUAUGUAUAUCACGUUGUCAUUCCCUUGCGAGAUUGACGGUGCUUUCAAAUUGGCAAAACUUAUCUGAAUUAAAGCUACACGACUGCCCUGAGCUUGCCGAAAUUGAGAGCCUCGGUGAUCUAGCGUCAUUGAGAACUUUGUACAUUUCCUUCUGCCGAAGGAUAGCUAAACUUGAUGGCCUUGAUAAGCUGGAAUUUUUAAAAAGGCUAGAUAUUUCUGCAUGUGAAAGUCUUGAGAGGCUACCAGAUCUGUCGAAGUUGAGUGCAUUGUCUUCGAUGAAUGUAAAUAUUUGUGAAAAGCUUGUUGAAAUUCAAGGAGUCAGCAGUUUGCAUGCCUUGACUCAGUUGACAGUUUGUGCGGCGUCCAUUGAAACAUUGAAUGUGUCAAACCUAAAGUCAUUGGAGUAUCUAGAUGUUCAAGGCUGCACUAGGCUAAAAGGACUUGAUGGGCUUGAUAAAUUGGGAGCAUUGAUGAGAUUGACCAUUAGAGAUUGUAAAUCAAUUGAAAAGUUGCCCAGUCUGUCGAACUUAAAGUUCUUGCGUUACUUAUGGGCUGAUGGUUGUGAGAAGUUACGAGGACUUGAGGGGCUUGAAUCUCUGGAAAGAAUGGAACGGCUAUGGAUUUCAGGAUGUAAAGCAAUUGAAAGGUUGCCUGAUCUAUCGAACUUGAAAUCUUUGCAAUAUCUUUAUGCCUGUGGCUGUGAGAAGUUACAAGGACUUGACGGCCUUGAUAAAUUGGUUGCAUUGAGACAGUUAAGUAUCGGCCGAUGUAAGUCAAUUGAAAAGUUGCCCAAUCUGUCAAACUUAAGAUUGUUGGAAUAUUUUGAUGCUGAUGGUUGUGAGAAGUUGCAAGAAGUUGAGGGGCUGAAAAUAGUUGUAAAGUCACCAACUCAGCCGGAGUGGAAAGUGUGGCAAUGUCUACGUGGUAAUGGUAUUGAGAAGUUACAAGAACUUGAUGGGCUUGAUGAAUUGAGAUCAUUAGGGUGGUUACAAGGUUGUUCAUCUGAGAAGUUACUCGACCAAUCGAACUAUGGAGUAUUGAGACAAUGGUAUGCCGAUGGCUGCGAGAAGGUACCAGAACUUGAGGGGCUCGAAAACCUGGAAAAUUUUCACUUAGAAGUCUUUGAAGAUUCAAAUCGAUUGAGACUCUAUAAGAUUGAUAAUUGGUAGAGUGCCUUGCUAGUUUUUUUGGUGGGAAAAGAUAUUACCUGUACGACAUUUGGGUAUGAGUUAUAAUAAGGGAUGCAUGGUGCA